AUGGCUGGUUUCCAGAAUUCAAAUAAGCUUUUCACCGAUUCAUCUAACACCAAUCCUGCAUUAACAACUGCCAGCACUCAUUUCUCACCACCACAACACCCAACUACGCCGACUUCUCCGGCUCCUUCGCUCUCUAACACCACGACGUCUCCAAAUAACAAGCCAAACUCUCCUCGAAAUAUCAGUAUACCUUCCACCACGUCGACAAACACGCAACCUUCGAAUAAUACCUCCUCCAGCACCCAGAACUCUACUGCUGGUCCACGUUCUUUAACCUCGACCGCUACUCAGACUCCUCCUUCUGCUUCCGGUCCCCAUUCGGCUUUUACUCCUUAUAACCAGGCUCCUCAACACCCUACUCCGGUAACCACCCCUACUACUACUAAAAGCUCUUUACCUCAAGAAGCCUCAGCAAUGAUGACCUCUGCUCAUUUAGAAAACAACGGUAGUACUAUGAUUUAUCCUCAACAUCAUUUUGCUAACCCUACCACCCACCCUUUUUGGACUCCUUACUUUGGUGGUGGUAACCCUGCAAAUGGUGCUACUGUUUUAUCCGCUAAUGGUGGUAGUGCUUUCGUUCCUGCUGUUGGUUACGGUAGUGCUGGUUCAGGAAUGGCCCAAGGUCAUACUCCUCGUCCAAAACUUACCACUACUAUAUGGGAAGAUGAAGGAACUCUAUGUUAUCAGGUUGACGCUCGUGGUAUAUGUGUGGCUAGGCGACAAGACAAUGACAUGAUCAACGGAACGAAAUUAUUAAAUGUUGUUGGAAUGUCACGUGGUAAACGAGAUGGUAUUCUUAAGAAUGAAAAAGGUCGAGUCGUCGUGAAAGUUGGGGCAAUGCAUCUAAAAGGUGUUUGGAUUACUUUUCAACGAGCAAAAACUCUUGCGGCUCAGUUUAAGAUCAGCGAAUUGCUCUAUCCUUUAUUUGUGGAUGAUCCCGGCGUUUUUCUUCAUAAUUCAUAUGGUCCAUCAAUGUCAACUAGAAUUCCAUCUAUAGGUAAUGGUCCACAAUCUCAAUGGCGACCGACUCAUCCUUAUGCAAAUAAUUUCAACAACACACCAUAUUCUCCUGAUACGUCGCGACAAUGGUAUCCAUAUGGAAAUGGUAACGCAAUCAUGGGAAAUCCAAAUGUACCGCAAGGCCAAGAUCAUGGUUCAUCUCCGUAUCCACCAGCUGCUGGAUAUGCUGAACGUCCUCAACAUGUUGCUAAUCCACCUGCUGUACCAAUAUAUCCGACUCAACCACCUAGAAAUCAUAAUCAUCCACAAACUCAUUUAGAAGAUUAUGACACUAGUUAUGGUUUAAUAAAUGGUCAACCUCAAGGACAGCAAGGUGUUGCUGUGAUUCCUGGACCGCCGUCUGAAGAAAAUCCCGGUAGUAACGGUUACAUGCGACCUAACAAUCAAGGUCUUUAUAAUAUUGUCUCGGCCACCGAAGUGGCAGGAAGUCCGGCUCAAAGUGGUUCACCGCAACUUAUUGGUCAAAAAAGAGGUUUCGUAGGUGAAGAAGAAAAUGAUGAAUAUAAUAAUGUUAAUAAUUCGAAUCAAUCAAGUCCCCCUCUUGCUAUGCAUCCUCCACCUCCAUUAAGCAGUAUUGCUGUUAGUGCUGCAGUUAAUGCUGCUGCUGGUACUUUUCCAAGUCCAAUGAAUGUAAGCUCAAAUUCUUCUCCUAAUAAUUCUGCCUUUUCCGGUUGGGGUCAUUCCGGUAAACGAGUAAAGUACGAAUUUCCUGAAGCAACGACUCCAUCAUCAUCUCAGUCUUCACCAAGAAGCAGUACCGCCGGUUAUCAAUUACCCGGUCUAGGUGCUGGCACUGCUACUCCAGGUGCUAUUCCAUCGACGCCACAAGGUUACCCUAAUAGUAAUCUUCAAAUGGUGACAAAUGCACAACAGAACACCGUAUUACAUACACCGUCCCCGGAUGGUACACCUGUAGAAGAAAACUCAAUUGGUGGUAGACGUUUCGAAUAUCGGCAGCGAGAAGAUCAAUCGUCAACGGAAGAAAUCAGCAAUAGUAAUUGGGAAUAG